AACACUUUCAGCAAAAGGAAUAAAUUUCGAGAUUUGAGAGAAAAAAAGGAUGAUAGAGAAAAAAGGCGAAAAAUGCUAUUUCUGAAAUUUUGCGUGCUUGUUAAUUUGCAUAAUGAUGAUGAAGAAGUCAAUAAAGAACCAGAAAGACGAACUGAGAAGAUCGAGGUGAUUGAUCUAACAGUUGUUGAUAAAGAUGUGGUGAAACCAUCUCUCAUCACUGAGGAUGAAAAAAUCAUCGAAACAGCUAAAUCGAUUAUUCCUGAAAUCAACGAUGACGUAUUAAGGAUUAUCUUUAAACAUGUUAUCGAUGAUAUAUUUGAAAACAUACUUAAAGAUGAAAAUGUGGAAAAGGAAGCCAGAAGCAUCAUGUGUACUGACAGAAGAUUCAACAUUAUUUUCACUGAAGUUUUCUUUAACUAUGUCAAAAAAAUGAGAGUUUUUGAAACAGUGCUUCUAUCACAAAACGAAAAUGAGGUAACCUUUGAAAUCAGUGAUAUUGAAAACACAGAACCCUUGGAAUCACUCCCAGAAAUCAAAAAAAUGUACAGAAGUAAAUUUCUACUGAGAGUUAUGACCAAAAAUAAAUCAUUAGAAAAUAUUUUCCUGAAAGACAAAUAUCAAGCUGCCACCAAGUACAUUAAUAUGAUAUUAGAAGACAUAAUGAUUAGAGACGAUUUUGACAGUUACAUAUUCGCUAUGAUUAAAAAAGUCUUUUCGCUUGGAGCACUUGAAAAAAAUGGAUUACAAGAUAUGUUACGAAACAAAUAUCAAGAAAAAGUAACAUAUGAAAUAGAUGUAAUUAACUUAUUAAAUUUGUGGUGUGUUGUAAAUAAUUUCAUAAGACUAUUACAUGAUUCAAGACCAGAAGAUUUAUACUUUGAUUUCAUCAAAAGUGGUUUAUUAUACGAACUUUACAAUAACUUUCAGAAAGAUUACAAAGAACCACUCACUACAAAGAA